ACUUCGCACUAGUUCGCGACCGGAAGCGGAAGUUGCCGGGCCGGAAGUCUAGCUGGCUGCGUAGUGGCAUGGCCACUGCCAUGUAGGUGUAGCUGGAGCACCGAGCUCGCAGCGGAAAUCGAGCAAGUGCUGGGACUUAUGAUGCCCCGACUCCGGCUCAAGCACACAAAUCCGUCAUAAUGCAGCGCUGAGGCCAUCGGAACAAGCAAAUACAAGCCAACGCACUUCAGGCCCAAAGCAGCUGAACCAUCGCGGGACGAGGGUGCUCCACUUGACGACCAGCGAUUUCCAAACAGGCGACAUGGCGGACCUGGAGCGCAUUCGCCUCGUGCUUCUGGGCGGCGCCGGCGUGGGCAAGAGCUCCAUUGUGAAGCGCUUCCUGUUCAAAAGCUACACGGACAAGUAUCGCGCCACCGUCGAGGAUCUCUACAAUCGCGAGUACGACCUGGGCGGCGUCACACUAAAGGUGGACAUUCUGGACACAUCAGGUGACAUGCAGUUCCCGGCCAUGCGGCGCCUGUCCAUCGCAACGGCCCACGCCUUCAUGCUCGUCUACGCGGCCACGUCCGCGCCCAGCUUCCAGUGCGUGAAGCAGUGCUUCGAGGAGAUCCGCGAGCAGCGCGGCGACUUCCAGGACAUCCCCAUUGUGAUCGCCGGGAACAAGGCCGACCUGGCCACCACCCACAGAGAGGUCAAGCUGGAGGAGGUGACCGACUGGGUCUUCUGCGAGCUGCCGCGCCUACGGGCGAAGGUGCUGGAGUGCUCGGCGAAGGAGGACAGCAACGUGACGGACCUCUUCAAGUCCCUGCUCUCCCUGUCCCGCUUCCUGCCCGCCAGCAGUAGUGGGAGCGGGGGCAGCGGGGUGGCCGGGGAGGCGGCGCCCAGCGGUUUCAAGCGGCGCUCAUCGGCCUACGUCAGCGCAUCGUCCAGUCGCAAUAAAAAUCGGAUGAACAGCCCGGCCCUGGGCGGCGCCGGCGGCAGUGGCGACAAGAAGGGCUCCGGCCUCGUGGACGCCGUCGAUGUGGCCACCACCAGUGCGGAGGCCAAGCUGAAGCCGCGUUCCAGAUCGCUCAUACGCCGCGCAUCACGCAAGACCAAGCAGCAAAUCAACAACGCAUCCGACGACUGCAACGUGCAGUAAACCGUUAUUUUGGCCGCCAGCGCCGCGCCUAAUUAUGUUAUUUAGUUAUUAUGGCUGCCACAAUGUGAAUUAAUAAUGGACGCCAGUUAAUUAGCGUGCAUAAACAAGUGCACUGAGCUGAUUAUUCCGAUGAAGCUACCGAACUUUGGGAGAACCACUUGCUCAAGGCCAAACGAUUUCGACGAAUUUGCCACUCUGUUAAACAUUUUAUAGUUUGUAACUAGAGCUGCAAAGCGAUGCCGUCAUGACACUGGCCUGCGAUUAAGAACAUUCCACAAGCCACUCUGAUUAGGUAAAUUUAUAUUUGAGCAUGAAUGGAGCCAUGAGAGAUACCCCUUCUUUAACGAGGCCAAACAAAGCUCAUACAUACAUAUAUCAAUUCUGCAACAUUGUGAAUCCAGUGUCAUCGCGGCAUAAAAGAUAAAGGAUUAUUCCGACACUGGGCUGACUUGCGAGGCAUUGUGCACCCCAAUCGAUUUGAGUUGCGGUCAUUAAGGUUGGCAGGGACCAGGUUUAUUUUAAUUUAAAAUUAACUUUUAUACGACAAACAUGUUCGAUUUUCGUAGGCUUUAGUACGGCCCGGGUGCCCGAUUGAAUUUAAUUUAGAUUUCUCCCAUGGGAGAAGGCGUUUUGGAGCCGUUCAAGGAGCUCUUCUGAUGGCAAAAUGAUGGCUCAGUCGCGUUGCUCGGCGUUUUUCGAGGGAGGACUAAGUUAAAUGCGUUUUCGAGUGGCGGAUUGUCAUAAUAUUGUGACAGGUGGCAUAGCCCUAAGGUACAUCUAGGAUACUAAUUUAUGAAUCUCUAUCUGCACCAUCCCCAGCCGACACCAUGGUUAAUACUUGAACGUUCUAUAUACCAAUACAGCCCGAUAGGAAUGUUAACCUCUCGCAGAAGUUUUACAGAAGUAAGCCAAUUUCGCGGCAUUCUCCUCGGUUCCAGCCACGUAAAAUAACAAGAACUUUGGCAGAGAGCACGGCACAACUUACCAUGCAAAAAGCGUAAUUGUAAAAUAAAUUUGAGGGGAGCGUCCCGAUGCUUAUCAAGGAUAAUACAGGGUGAACUUCUUAUGCCAAAAUGCCAAAUCAAAUUGCCCACAAUGCACAUCCUGUUCGCAGGAGACUGGCGGCAGCGAAUAAUCGAUAAAUCUGUUUUAAUACGCCGCCUGUAUCCUUUGGCACAACCUACACUUGCAUCUGGGUGUGUGUUGUGUGGUGUGAUAAG